UGGAUUUCCCAGCGGCUAGAUCAAGGCGAGAUCAAGGGCUACCCAUCAAUCCUCAUGCGGGGCCAACUCAAGAAGAUAUCGACGCUGCCGCCCGGCACAGUGUACAUGUCCAAGAAGGGGCGCGGGAAGCGCCGUGUCAACCCGGAUCGCCAGGACGUGUGCUUCGACUGCGGCAAGCCGGGACGCCACGGACUGAUCUGUGAGUAUAAGCUCAACCCGGGCAAGUACAAGAACGAAGGCCGCAGACAAGGUGGCAACGCGUCGCAAGUGCACCCGCCGCAAGUGGAAGUGACUACCAAUGGAGAAGACGCGCCGCAAGCGCAAGCGACUACUCAAGCAGACGCGCCCGGCGCGAUACCGUCAAUGGACAAAGAUGACGGAUUUGUUUCCGACUUCCUCACGCGCUCGUGGGAAGAGCGGGAGGCCACGCUGCCGUCUUUGUACAACCUGCGCCCCAAAGAACCUCUCGACCGCAGCAAGUGGCCAUCGUGGAAGUACACGCUGCCCGAUGUGUCCUUGAACUUUGGCUCACUUCCAGACCCCGACGCCUUGCUCUUCGGCGGCUGUGACGUCCACGUCUGGUGCCCGUUCACUUUCUACUCGCACCUCAUCGACGUCGGCAAGUUGUCGUGCCCGGCGUGCGGUAGCCACGAUAUCACUUCCGACGGAUGGUCAAAAAGCUUCCUCCCAAUCGUGUCGCUUGGAGGCCAGUGGCCACUGCUUCGCGUGCGUCGGCUGCGCCAUCUCGGCUGCAAUAAGGCGGCCAAGAACGCUGACUCUACGAGCUUCUCGUCGCUGGACGAGACGCUUGUAGCGUCAUGGUACCCGGCUGCCGUGCUCUCGCUGCUGCCUUUCCGGAUGGAUGGCAAGAGAUACGUGUCCCUCGACGCCACGACGUACGCUCGUGAGAUGCAGCAAAUCGCGUCGUACGAUGCUGCAAGUGACGUGCUCGGCGUUGUACGCGACAUGUGGCUCCAGCGCCGCCAGAAGGCGCUCUUGGAGCUUGUGGCCAUGGAGUGCAAGCGCGACGGCGCGCUUGGCCUUGCGCGCGUUCCCGUCAGGCUCAAGAUGCUUGCCAAGCCCAAGGCCACACAUGGCCUUAGCGGCAAGGUGCUCAGGCGCAUCGGUGUCAAUGCCGUCAAGCGCCUCCACGGCUACAUCGAGGACGUGAUAGCGGCGGCAGGAGGUGAAGUUCUCAAGAUCGAUCACACAUUCAAGGUGGCAAGCGCUGCAAAGGACGCAGACGGCACGAAGCCUUACACGUCUAUGUUUACUGUCAUGAACCAGACUGGGAUGGUCAUCGGGUUCUACUUCUGCGAGACCAAAAGCUUGAAGGAAAUCGAGCCCGAGCUUCAGAAGCUUGCCAAGCGUUUGGCCUCGAAGGGCAAGGUCAAGGUCAUCUACACGGACAACCCAGGCGCCGACGAGGCUAUCCUCAAGAAGCUCUUUGGUGCCGGCAUCCACGUCAAGAAGGACAUCUGGCACACGAUGGACAAGUACUACAAGGCGCUCUACAAGCACCCGCUCCGGUCGUGGUUCAUGGGCGAGCUCUCCAACUGCUUCUUCUCGUACGACGAGAAGGACGUAAAGGAGCUGCGGCGGCAUUUACGUGCGUCCUGCCCGGAGUACAGCGAUGACGUUCCGCUCGAGGCGCUACCCAAAGACAACCUCCGCCGGUACAUUGUCAACCCAAGCGCGAUCAAGGAAAACCUACGGGAGCUCAUCGACCGAUACUCGGACAUCAAGGGCCUCUUCAAGAAGAGCAUGGACGAGACGCAGGAGAACGCGUUCAAGGACCUCGACGCGGGCUUUCUUCACGACCCCGAAGGCGUCAAGAUGUACUACAACAUCGGCACGAAGGAAAAACCGCGCUACGUAACAGUGCGCUCUACCAGCCAGCUCGAGAACCUCCACCGCGUGCUACGGAACUGCGUUCAUGGUGCUCGUCUGAGCCUCACAACGAUGCAUUCCAUAAUCAUGGAUCGCAUCUUUCGAUGGAACCUGAUGAAACACAAGAGACACGCCACGUACGAUGGCCCAAGGCUCCUCGACCCAAACCUCGUGAUGCAGAUCAAGGCACUGCUUCACGAGCUUCCACCAACGUGUCGACCGACGUGGGCCGACAGCUUGCCUACAAUGACCCUCAACACUGGCGACGAAACGUUUGGUGUGCUUCGUGAAGAGACUGCGUCGGCGGCGUUGCACGCCAUCAAGGCGGCCGGGAUUGUUCCGAAAGGAAAGUCAUUCGAGGUCAAGCGUACCCGCAUUCCGGAGGUCGCCCGCAAGGUCAAGACCGAAAGCGAGAAGCGUCUGUUCAAGUACCUCAUGCCCCGCUGCCAUCGGGAUGACGACGACUACGCAACGCCGGCCGACAACUGGAACCGGCUCCUGGUCUCGUGGUGGCUAAGACAAAGUGCAGCUCGAGCCGGAAGUCGUCAUCACGGUGGCUGACGUGGCGCUCAAGCGCGCAACCUACAUGGAGCAGUACGCCAAGCAGCUGAUUGCAGGUCAAGAGGCCAACGAGGCAUGUGGCGCGGACCGAGAGGCUCAAGAGGCCUUCAAGUCAAAGCGCACACCAAUGAAAGUGUCAAGCACGGCCGCGACUCGUCCAAUCGAGCACCGUGUGGACGAACCGGUUGACGACUACGAUCAAGUCCUCAACCAAGUGGCCCCCGUCCAUGCUCCGCGGGCAGAAUCCUACUCUGUCCCGCGAGGCGAGUUGAAGGAUCCUUCCGCUCCUCCGCCAACGAAGAAAAGAAAAAUCCUACCGUGCCCGCACUGCGGCUACAAGAACCGUCGCCAUGACAAUGCCAGUGCUGCGUCGUGUGCCCUCCACCAGUUCUACAAGAAGGGCAAUUUCAUCAAAAGCUCGGGUGUGACGGCAUAUGAUCGAGCGAUUGCCGCGUUCCGUUUGGAGCAACUCCGUAGCGACGAAUAACGCAAUGAAUUCAUGUCAUAUUGGAUAUUGAUA